GAGCAAUGGCAGUCUCAGAAAACACCCUGAAGGUCCUGUCGCGAAACCCCUUCAAAUACGAUAAAGACUUCGUGAAGAAACGCACAGUGGCGGAGAUGACGGACCUUAUGUGCCAGGAAGCGACAGCUCACGGCAUCGGGCACACGUGGAACAACCGGCACAAUCUCCUGGGUCUCUUCUGGUUGGUUGUGACACUCGCCCUAUUUUCCUUCCUCCUGUACGUGGCAGCAGUCCUGUGUAUGGAUUUCUGGUCUCGGGAGCCACAGUCACAGACAACGGUCAAGCUGUUGCAGGAGGGAGGUCUGCAGCUGCCAUCCGUCGUCAUUUGUAACCGAGCCUUCUUCUCGCGCCACAAACUGAAAGCGUUCAACAUUAGUAACCACCUGACGCAGUACUUGAUAGCCGUGAGCGGGUCGUCUUUCAUCAUUAGGGAGGACUUCCUCGCUACACAGGAGGCGGACACCUUCAUGCAGGAGUCCCACGCUGAACUGCUCCGUGUAAUGACCAAUCACGGCCUCACCUUCGUGCAGCUUAUUGAGACAAUAUCUUACAGGUGUGACGAGGUGCUGCUGAUGUGCGUAGUGGGGACUCAGCGCUAUAACGCCACAGAAUGCUGCAGGAAGUUCGUCCCCACCCCUACAUUAAGUGGUCUGUGCCACACAUACUUCAGCUCGGGGGUAGACACCCAGAACGCAGAGGGAGAGUACAUGGGAGUGUCCUUCUACGUCAACAUCACGGAGGGGGACUGGCCGGACAUCGACCCGAGCAUCGUGGACGUGUCGCAAAUGGUCAAGAUGGGAAUUCAGGUCACCCUCAUGAGUAACCUAACCCACCCCGCCCUCCUGGUGCUGGGGAAGGGUGUGGUGCUCCCGCCAGGAGUGUACACGUCCGCCAGCGUCUCUCUUACUGAGGUGAGGGACACGGGACUCAAGACGGAGAUCGAUCUUUCCGAAACUCAGUGUGUGCCGCUGGACCAAGUGAACUACCUCACUGACCUCGAGGGAUUCUUUACCGUGGAACAAAACUGUGACCUUGGGGCAGCCAGGAUAUGCAUCAACCAGUUCUACAACUGUACCAACUACGCCAUGAACACUCGCAUGAGUCACGACCACCUCCCUCCCUGCCAGCUGGUCGACCACCUUCACCUACAUUGGCUGCUGUUGCGAGUGCUCGGACUGGACACGCACAAGCAGAACAAGGAACGCGUGACGAGCAAGAAUGCUAGUCUCCCGGAGGAACAUAUUAACUGCAUCAAGAACGAAAGAGAAAAAUGCCGCCGUCUGUGUGCCAGACAUGAUUUCACCUACACCACCAACCAUCUGCCGAUCCCCAGCAGCCUGUACCAGCACCUCAAGAACCAGUUUUCCCUCUCAAAUGGGAGCGAGGUGGCCAUCGUGGCGGCUUUCUAUCCUGACCUGAGCUACACCGAGGUGAAGAUUUGGCGGAAAAACAUUGCGAAUUUGCUGAGCUCCUUGGGGGGCUACACAGGGGUCUUCCUGGGCUGCUCCUUCGUCACCUUCAUGGAGUUGCUGGUCUACAUCGGCCUGGUUGUCGCUGUGUGGGUGAAGGACCUGCGGAAUUGGCUGUGCGGGGAGGUGCAUCCUACCGCCAAGGAGCGAGCCGGCAGCGCUGACUGACAAAUGACUGCAGUAGAAUUAAUGGUGGCAGAUUAAUUGACGCUGAUGUAUUACGGGUUGAAGAGUUCGUAACGUAUCUGGAAACUUAGUUAUACAGUUAAGGGUAUAUUCAAUAUCGAUUUGUGCUACAGUGGAACACAGUGGCAAUUUUUUGUUAAGUACGGUCAAACUUUUGUGCACUAAUAAUUUGUUCAUUUACUUGUGCCUGUGCAAAAUCAAUAGUUAUUUGUGACCUGCAAAAUACAGUGCUGAAUGCUCUAGUCUUACUUUAUCGUGCUUAAUGUCGCAAAAGUAAACGCUAAUAUGCAUAUAUGUUACGGUUUAAAGAAUGUGUUUGUAGAAUUGUGAAUCAUCAAUUCAUCAGAACAGAUACAACAGAACUUUGAGGAUGUUGUGUAUGCUUAUACUUAUGCUGCAUUCUUGCUUCUGUAAUUGCCCAUGUACUGUAUAAGGUAAUUUAAAAUUAAAUGUAUCAAUAAUAGCGAUUGCUGAACCGUCCCCUUCAUCGAGCCAGGAACAUUAUAUCAUAGCAUCAUACCUCAGCUAACCAGUACCUGCAUGCUUUCCUUACGCUGUAUAUUUGAGAGUUAAAUAUGAAGUUUAUAAUAAGUGAUAUUUGGUAUUGACGAUUAUGGCGAUGAUAAUGAUGAUGUGUGUGUGUGUGUGUGUGUGUGUGUGUGUGUGUGUGUGAGAGAGAGAGAGAGAGAGAGAGAGAGAUGAAGGUGAUAAGCUUUUUGAGACAUGCGUAUUGAGCUGCUGCACUAUAUAGCUGGCUACAUUAAAGAUGAUAUGACGUGAUCAUUUACUGAGAAGGGAAGGGGACCAACAGCGGCUCACCUGCUGCUCUCUUUCCUGUGGCUUUCGAAAAUCACCAUAGAGCAGUUUCCCACCAAGUGCCCGACAACGUUAUAGUUAUUCCUUUUCCUUUUGCCAUCAAUUGCAAGUUAAUAUUCAGUGAUGAUACAAAUUAUUCCCAGAUAUGCGUACUUAUGAUGGAAGUCAAAUUGUUGUGUUUUAAAGUGAAGGACAGAGAUAAGUUUUAUGGCGGUGAUCAUCAAGGUUGUAUAGUUGAAGGUUAGGUACUCGGUACUCUGGGUUUCUUGACUGAAAUCACCUUGUAGGUUUCUCUAGUGUUGUUCAAAAUGCAUUAAUAAAACAA